AUGAAUAAUGCAGGUGAUAUUGUUGCUAGUGGCGGAGGAGGUGGUGGCGUUGCUACCGGUGUUUGUAGCGCGCUACUUUGGACGAGUGUUUCAUCUCGUUACGUUCCCGCUGGUGAUCGUCUUCCAGAUGAGCGGUCUACGUGGUAA